AUGCCUGCUCUCUAUGAACAGUUUUUCCUCUUCGGAGACAGCAUAACCCAAGACUCCUUCUCCCAGGAGCGAGGCUUUGCCUUCUCUGCAGCCCUUCAAGCUGCAUACAUCAGGCGACUGGAUGUAGUCAACCGCGGCUUCAGUGGGUACAACACCCGCCAAGCUCUCCAGAUACUGCCCGCCAUCGUGCCCCCGCCGGAUCAGGCUAAGAUUCGGUUCAUGACCAUCUUCUUCGGCGCCAACGACUCAUCGUUACCAGAUGCGCCAAACAAGCAGCAUAUUCCUCUUGAUGAGUUCAUCAAGAACCUAAAGGACAUCAUGUCCCAUCCGCAGAUCAAAGCCCACGACCCUCGUAUCAUCCUAGUAGCUCCUCCCCCAAUCAACGAGCAUCUGUGGUGGCCAAGAGACCAGUCGAACGGAUAUGCUAGCGUGACGCGACUGGCGGGUGCGACCAAAACAUAUGCCGAUGCAGUCGUUCAACUUGGCGCCGAGCUUGGCCUGCCUGUCGUAAAUCUCUGGAAAGCCUUCAUGGCGAAGACGGACUUCAAAGCAGAUAUUUGGAAGCUGGGCGAUGAUCUACCGGGCUCUUUAGACGUCUCGCAGAAUGACGCCCUCGUGGAGCUUAUGUACGAUGGGCUUCACUUGAACCCAGCAGGAUACGAGAUCUUCUACCAGGAGUUGAUCAAGGUCAUCGCAGAGCAGUGGCCGGAUCAGUCGCCUGAGAAGCUGCCCAUGGUACUGCCGCCGUGGAACGAUCAGGAAGCGUGGAAACAGUGGGAGAGUGCUCAGUCUUCUUCGAUCUAG